UCGCUCCCCCUCCCCGCCUGUGCCUCCGGGGCUCCGGCUGCAGCGUCAGCCUCGGUCCGGCCUUGGCGGCGGCGGCGGCGCAUCGGCCUCCUCCCCGCGCCCCGCGGCGCUCCUCUGCCCCGGUCCGCAGCGCCCCCGCCCGCGCCGCCCGGGUGCCGGCCUAGGCCGCGGCCUCAGCUCCGGGAUCGUGUCGGCGCCGCCCGCUCCCGGCCCGCCCCCUAUGGGCCCCGGCUAGAGGCGCCGCCGCCGGCCCGCGGAGCCCCGAUGCUGGCCCGGAGGAAGCCGGUGCUGCCGGCGCUCACCAUCAACCCCGCCAUCGCCGAGGGCCCAUCCCCCACCAGCGAGGGCGCCUCCGAAGCAAACUUGGUGGACCUCCAGAAGAAGCUAGAGGAACUAGAGCUUGAUGAGCAGCAGAAGAAGCGGUUAGAAGCCUUCCUCACCCAAAAGGCCAAGGUUGGGGAGCUCAAGGAUGAUGACUUCGAAAGGAUCUCAGAGCUGGGAGCUGGGAACGGCGGAGUGGUCACCAAGGUCCAGCACAGACCUUCAGGCCUCAUCAUGGCCAGAAAGCUGAUUCACCUGGAGAUCAAGCCAGCCAUCCGGAACCAGAUCAUCCGAGAGCUGCAGGUGCUGCAUGAGUGCAACUCCCCGUACAUUGUCGGCUUCUACGGGGCCUUCUACAGCGACGGGGAGAUCAGCAUCUGCAUGGAGCACAUGGAUGGUGGCUCUCUGGACCAGGUGUUGAAAGAAGCCAAGAGAAUUCCAGAAGAGAUCCUGGGGAAGGUCAGCAUCGCGGUUCUGCGGGGCCUGGCGUAUCUCCGGGAAAAGCACCAGAUCAUGCACCGAGAUGUGAAACCAUCUAACAUCCUCGUCAACUCCAGAGGGGAGAUCAAGCUGUGCGAUUUUGGGGUGAGCGGGCAGCUCAUCGACUCCAUGGCCAACUCCUUCGUGGGAACUCGAUCCUACAUGUCUCCAGAGCGGCUGCAAGGCACUCACUACUCGGUGCAGUCGGACAUCUGGAGCAUGGGCUUGUCCCUGGUGGAGCUGUCCAUCGGAAGAUACCCCAUCCCCCCGCCGGAUGCCAAGGAGCUGGAGGCCAUCUUCGGCCGGCCCAUGGUCGAUGGGGCAGAAGGAGAGCCUCACAGCAUCUCACCGCGGCCGAGACCCCCCGGACGCCCCAUCAGUGGUCACGGGGUGGACAGCCGACCGGCUAUGGCUAUCUUUGAACUGCUGGACUAUAUUGUGAACGAGCCUCCUCCUAAGCUGCCCAGUGGUGUCUUCACCCAGGACUUCCAGGAGUUUGUGAAUAAAUGCCUCAUUAAGAACCCAGCUGAGCGAGCAGAUCUGAAGAUGCUCAUGAACCACGGCUUCAUCAAACGGUCCGAGGUGGAAGAAGUGGAUUUUGCCGGCUGGCUGUGUAAAACGCUGCGUCUGAACCAGCCUAGCACGCCCACACGUACCGCCGUGUGAUUCUGCUGGUGACCUGUCUGAAUCCCGUCCACCCGCCCUUCCCGCCCAGGACAGACCAGCUCCUCCCCGCCCGUCCCACCGAGCCCGGAGGAGAGUGCACACAGCGGAACAUUCACUUCCUCUUCCACCUGUCGCAGCCUCGGCCCUCUGGUCUCUGGGGAAGGGUGACACUGCCCAUGUUGUCGUCUCAGAACCUGCUUAUUUAGGUUUAAAAAAAAAAAAAAAAAAACAGGGAAAGAAAAAGCAAACCGAGCCCAUUGUACUUGUUCCAUUUGUUCUUUGGGUGUCAGCCUCUGGUCCAACCCCAAGGGGAACAUAUCCCUGGAGGACGGCUCCAGCCCCCAGGCAGCUGGGCCACAGAGAAAUUGGGAGGGGCGUGGCCUCAGGAACUGGCUUUGCUCUUUUUUCAAAGGACCAAGCUUCAGAGGGAACCCCUAGACGUUGACAUCUUUCACCAAAACAGAGGAAGUGCCGCCUUGCAUUUCUGUGUGUUGUCCCCUCGCUGACACCUGUCCCCUUAAAGGUGGCCCUUGGCAGGCCCAGAGAGCCGUGAGGCGGUGGGUUGUCGUGAGGUCCACUUCCCGCGGCCACUGCCGCCUCUUGUCAUGGAGCUGGUCCAGCCGACCCUGCGUGUCCUCAGCAGUGUGACCUGCCCCAAGAGGGUCCGGGGCCUCUCCUGUGCCUUAGCAGCAGACACUUCCGACUCUUCACAGUGGCAGCUGAGCCGACACUCGACUCUGCAGAAAGGAAGUGUUGGGUUUCCAAGCCCUCGGUGUGGUUGAAACCCCCAGCAGGUUCGGUAGAUAAGGCCUGUGCUCCCCCUCGCCGGCAUGCGUGGGCGGGUUGCACCUCAGUCACCUCUGCUCGCCCAGUGAAUCCAAAGUGACCACCCAGGGCGCCACUCUUCUGGCCCUUGAACCGUUCAUCCACAGCUGGUUGUAGGGAGGUCUUCGCAGACCCCUGCACCGUGGGGUGGCCAGCCUUCUCCCUGCAGGGCUCAGAGGUAGGAAGUGGAGGCCAGGGCUGCUUCUGAGGCUCCCCUCUUCUGAACGCUGAAGAUGUUAAAGCUGUCAGCCGCCCCCCUCAAAACCUCCUGAUGGCUGAAACAAGCUGAUACUUAUCUGUGGCAAAUUGCAGGGGAAGGGUUUUCUGAGCGGGAUGUGGCCUGGUGCAAUCCAAGCUGGCCCUGGGUUUCCGGAGAUGCAGCCGAAGGCAGGGGCUGUGGCCCUGAGGGAACUGCCAGAUCCUUUUCUUGUGGAGACCCUCUGGUCUCCCAUGUUUUCCUGUGGACAUGGAAGAGAAGAGUUGGUGGCUUUUUCAACCAGCUUUCCAGGUUUUUGCCACUUCAUAGUUUCCCCCCAAAGUCUCACUUGAUUUAGAAAAGAAUAAAAAGAUAACUAAAAGUUA